AUCUAUAUCCCGACCAUGAAUGAGGCUCAGAUCACCACACAGAGAUGGAACAGUCCGGAGGUCAGACAGGGGGAGAGAGAGACAAGAAUUAUCUGGAGAAUAUCUGUAUAGAUUGGCUGAAGAAAUACGUUGAUUUCGGGAGAGAAGAUCUGGAGAGGAGAGUGCGUCCAGAGGUGAAGGUGUGGGGCCGCCGUCAGUCGGAUGAUGUGACCAGACUUCAUUGCCUGGUGUACGGGUUUCACCCCCGACCUGUGGAUGUGAAGUGGAUGAGGAAUGGGGAGGACCAUGUUCCUUCAGAUGAAAUUACUCCAAUUCUCCCCCAUCCUGAUGGCACCUAUCAGAUCAGAGUCAGUGUGGAAGUGCCAACCAAGGGCGCAGAGACUUACUCCUGUCAUGUGGACCACAGCAGUCUGGAGGAUGUUCUUACUAAGAAAUACGAACCUGACAAUGGCCUCUCACUUGCUGUGAUUAUUGGCAUUGCCUGCGGUGUUGUUCUGAUCGCAGUCGCUCUCGGUGUUGGAAUCUGUUUGUACAAAAAGAAGGGACGAGGCUACAAGACCACCAAUACUUCAGAUACCAAUUCUGACUCCUCCAACAACCCGAAAGCCUGA